AUGAAGCAGUCAAUCACUUUCGAUGCUGACGACGUCCGGCAAGAUCACAUUGCUGGUGAGAAGUCAGAGGCCGGUUUAUCGUUCUCUCGUGCUCCUGUUCUUCUCAUCCCCAAAGAGGAGUCUCAACUAUGGCGCAAAGUCGACCUCAAACUCAUGCCCAUCAUUGCUUUGAUGUAUCUACUCUGUUUCAUGGACCGCGGUACGUUCUUUAAGAUACCGCAAUGUAACGCUAAAUUGGACGGAUUAAUGACGCAACUCGGGCUUGAUGGGAAUCAAUACAAUGUUGCCUUAACGUUAUUCUUCAUAGUACGUCAUUUCGUUUACCAUUCAAAUUGUGAAACUACAAGCAACUCGGUCGUUGUCCAGUCUUUCAGCAUUCUCGAUUGCCCCGCCAAUUAUAUCAUUCAAUUUGUCCCGCCUUCUAAAUGGCUUGCGGGUACGAUGGUGAGUGGCUAUUCCCUUUUUUCUAAUGCUCUCGACAUUUUUGAGCAGAUCCUCUGGGGGCUCGUUAUGAUGUCCAUGGGUUUCGUAAAAACCUACGCUCAGCUGGUUGGAGUGCGUUUCUGCUUGGGAAUCGCAGAAAGUGGUUUUUAUCCUGGCGUUGCAUACUACCUCACAAUGUGGUAUCCGAAGUAUAUGCUUCAACGCCGGUUCGCACUCUUCCUUGGAGCAGCAACUUCAGCUGGCGCCUUCUCUGGAAUACUUGCAUAUGGCAUCAAUUUCAUGGAUGGAGACGGAGGGUAUCAGGGUUGGUCGUGGAUUUUCAUCCUUGAAGGUAUAGCUACAAUCGUAGUAGGUUCCGUCGCCCUGUUUGUAAUGGUGGAUUAUCCAUCGACGGCCAAAUUCCUGACGCCGAAAGAGCAACAAUAUAUCACCCAACGAAGAGAGUUUUCCGAAGUGGAUGAGAAGGGUGAUGUAGCUGCACAAGUACGAGCAGCCUUUACGGAUUGGCAGGUAUGGGCGAUGUGUAUUGUACAAAUGUCAAUUACGGUGCCUCUUUACGGCAUCACAUACUUUCUCCCAUCGAUUAUCAACAACUUCGGAUACACCACUUCAACGAGUCAAUUGCUUUCCGUGCCACCAUACGUCUUCGGCGUCAUCGUUCUCCUUGUCAUUGCAGACUUAUCCGACAGGAUGCAACGACGCUCACCCUUCAUAUUCGCCUCGCAAGUGAUAGCCAUCGUGGGCUUUAUCAUCAACAUCACUGAUGUGCCAAAUGGCGUGAAGUACUUCGGGACCUACCUCUGCGUAGCUGGACCAUAUACUGGAGGGGUAGGUUCCAUAAUAUGGCUGGCAAACAACUUGGAGGGGAAGUGCAAGCGAGCGGUUGGAAUGGCAUUAGUGAUCUGCAUGGGCAACUUAGGGGGAGCGAUCGCGUCAAAUAUUUUCCGCAGCCAAGACGCACCGAGAUAUCUCCUUGGACUUGGCAUCGAAAUCAUGUUUUUGGCGAUGGGUAUGAUCGCUGUGCCUAUCAUAGCACUGACAUACCGACGCAUCAAUGCUCGUAAAGAUGCUCUCCAGCAGCAGGGGAAGAUGGAGGGAAGUGAAGUUCUAGACAAAGAGAGUUUUAGGUACACACUUUGAUAACUUGGAAGUACUAUGUCUGUUUUUGUGCAUCUUAGGUGCUUGGGGUGCCAAUUCUUUUGCCAUGGUAGUUGCUAACUGAGAGCCUUUGCAAAAAUGGGCAUCAAGAUAAUGUAGUUACAAUUGUUCG